UUAAUAAUUCUGUGGCAGCAGACAGAGCUAUUUUUUUUUUUUUUCCAUUCCUCUUCUGUUAGGUGUGAGUAUAAAGCCCAGCUCAGCAGAUUGUUGCCCUUCUCCUUCCAAUAAACAGCAGCAUCUUCCUCCUUACCUCUUUCCAAGCAGAGCACAUGUCUCCGUAGUACUACAGAGGAGGAGGAGGAGGAGGGAGAAGGGGAGGAGGAGGAGGAGGAGGAGGAUCAGGAUCCUUUAGGGAAGAGAGAACCCUUUCAAAGUUCCACGCGGCAGUCUCUCCUUGCCACUGGGGACAGGCACAGCCCCUGCUGCUCUGGCCUACAAAUGUCCCACUGGAUGAAUUGCUAAACUGUCACCUGCUACUGAGCAUUGUUCAACCUGGCGGGAUCCUCAGAACCGGGAGGUUAGCAAAGACAGCUGAAGUCGACUUGUGCAGGAUUCCCCUGGCUCUUCUGUGACCUCCUCUCCCUGGUAGCCUGUGUUCUGGGCCUCACCUAAACAAGUCUGAGUAGGAACAAGCCAUCUCUUCCAUCCAUAGCCAUGAAUUUCCUCCGGCGGCGCCUCUCCGACAGCAGUUUUGUGGCCAACCUGCCCAAUGGCUACAUGACAGACCUGCAGCGCCCAGACAGCUCCACCAGCUCUCCUGCUUCCCCAGCUAUGGAGAGGAGGCACCCCCAGCCCCUGGCAGCCUCCUUCUCCUCUCCAGGAUCCAGCCUCUUUAGUUCCUUCUCCAGUGCCAUGAAGCAGACCUCACAAGCCCCCUCAGGGCUGAUGGAGCCUCCAGGUCCCUCUGCUCCCAUUGUUCAAAGGCCCAGGAUCCUAUUGGUGAUCGAUGAUGCCCACACAGAUUGGACCAAGUAUUUUCAUGGAAAGAAGGUGAAUGGAGAGAUUGAGAUCCGAGUAGAGCAGGCUGAAUUCUCAGAGUUGAACCUAGCUGCCUAUGUUACUGGGGGCUGUAUGGUGGACAUGCAAGUCAUGAGAAAUGGGACCAAGGUUGUGAGAUCCUUCAAACCAGACUUCAUCCUGGUCCGUCAGCAUGCCUACAGCAUGGCCCUGGGUGAAGACUACCGAAGCCUGGUCAUUGGCCUCCAGUAUGGAGGGUUGCCUGCUGUCAACUCUCUCUACUCCGUCUACAACUUCUGCAGCAAGCCCUGGGUGUUCUCUCAACUCAUUAAGAUCUUCCAUUCCUUGGGUCCUGAGAAGUUCCCACUUGUGGAACAAACAUUCUUUCCCAACCAUAAGCCAAUGCUCACAGCGCCCCACUUCCCUGUGGUGGUCAAGCUGGGACACGCCCAUGCCGGAAUGGGAAAGAUCAAAGUAGAAAACCAGCAUGACUACCAGGACAUCACCAGCAUGGUGGCUAUGGCCAAAACCUACGCCACCACUGAGGCCUUCAUUGACUCCAAGUAUGACAUCCGCAUCCAGAAAAUCGGAUCCAACUACAAAGCUUACAUGAGAACCUCCAUCUCUGGAAACUGGAAGGCCAACACAGGCUCUGCCAUGCUGGAGCAGGUGGCCAUGACAGAGAGGUACAGGCUGUGGGUGGACAGCUGCUCAGAAAUGUUUGGCGGCCUGGACAUCUGCGCCGUCAAGGCCGUCCACAGCAAGGAUGGCAGAGAUUACAUCAUUGAGGUGAUGGAUAGCUCAAUGCCCUUGAUUGGGGAGCACGUGGAAGAGGACAGACAGCUGAUGGCUGACCUCGUCAUCUCCAAAAUGAGCCAGCUCCUGAUGCCAGGUGGCACAGUGCCCUCGCCCCUGAGGCCUUGGGCUCCGCAGUCCAAACCAGCAAAAUCCCCUGGGCCAGCCCACAUGGGACCUCUACUUGGACAGCCCCAGCCACGGCCACCUACACAAGGGGGCCCUCGCCAAACUCCGACCCAGGCGCCCGUGCGAUCCGGAAGCCCGUCCCAGCAGCGGCUCUCCCCGCAAGGCCAGCAGCCCCUGAGCCCACAGUCCGGAUCUCCGCAGCAGAGAUCACCAGGCUCUCCGCAGCUGUCCCGGGCAUCCAGUGGCACGUCUCCAAACCAGGCCUCCAAGCCAGGCGCCCCCCUCACCUCCCAGGCCCGGCCCCCCGUUCAAGGCCGAAGCGUCUCCCAACAGGGUGAAGAGUCCAAGAAGCCAGCACCACCUCAUCCUCAUCUCAACAAAUCCCAGUCCCUGACGAACAGCCUCAGCACAUCUGAUGCUUCCCAGCGCGGGACCCCAAGUGAAGACGAGGCCAAGGCCGAAACCAUCCGCAACCUGAGGAAGUCCUUUGCCAGCCUGUUCUCGGACUAAGCCAGCCGGGGCUGGGACAGGGGAGUGCUCCGUUCCGCUCGCCCUUCUCCUGUCUCACCUUCCUUCUCAGCCUUGGUUCCCGAUGGGAACAGAAUGGAGGGCCUGAGAAUAUACUCUCUAAAUGCCUUUGACCCAGGAACCGAGUAUGUAUACGUGUCCCCCCCCACCCCUUUACCAUGACAUUCCAGCGUCAGCCAACUCAGUGGUGGGCCUUUGAGAGCCUCCAGGUUCCUCAGAUCAGGCCCUAAAGGCAUCACAUCACCCUGCCCGCCCACAUGCUUGCUCCCCUGCCUUAGAUAACCAAGUGAAAUGUCUGUGUGUGGCUAGUUUUCACAUUUCUUGUUAGUGUUUUGCUUGCCUUCCGGCAAAGGCCCCCUCUAGGCCUGGCCUGCCUUCCAUCAGGUGCAGGCACUGGGACCUCAGUGACAUUGGAGGCAAUAAUCCUCUGACAGUGCUUUGCAAACAGAAGGAGAAAAGCCCAGCCGGGGUACCUACCUACCCAUGCUAACUCCAUCCAGGCUCAAGAUCACCCCUCAGACCAGCCAGGCUGAACCCCAUCCCACGUGGCCACCGGUGGGAUCUAGAGAACCGUGGAAAGGAAUCAGAUCCUGUGUGACAAGUGGGGCCUUCCGGAACACAACGGAAAUGGAGGGGAAGUCUUGAAGAGCUGCUCACGCCCAGAUUGGACAGCCAAGAGCAGACCACAGGUUCUUCGAUGAAUCAUCUCUAGUUCCAAGAGGAGGAAAAUGCCUUCCACUUCCCAAGGUGGGAGUCAGCUUGGGGCUCCUCCAGCCAUUCUGUGUUACACCACGAGUAACUCUGAAUUCCCUCCAGGAACGCUGUCCCCUCCUCCAAGAUAGAGGACGAGCCAGAGAGAGUCCGCGGAUCAAUGGCUCAGGCUGAGAAAGGGCUGUGACAGCAACUUCGAGGCUGGCAUGUCAGGGACUGUUGUCAGCAAGGCACGGUAGGUUACUCAGUUAUAAAAGAGUCCCAUGCUCAAAUAUGUUUAGGAAACACUGUUUCUAUUUCUUGCUUUGAAGUUGGUAGUACCCAUUACAUGUCAAAGGCCCUCCGGCCUCCUGCAGUAAAGAAAUGAGCUUUCACCUUGCUUAACCCAAACUUAUCUGACAAUACCAGUUCCCUGCAGAGCUGGCAGAGGUCCCGACUCCUUUCCCAAAGCUCUGUCCCUACAUCAGACUGCCUCCCGUGAUCAGACGGGGUGCAGGGCUGCCCCCAGUUCCCACGUACCCGGUGCUAUAAACAUUGCAGGUGCCAGAACCAGCCUCCUGGGCUUGAAAAGAGCCCAGGACGUUAGAACAUAGCCACCGCUCUCCCCUUACAGCCUACCUUGCGACUUGAGACACGUCUUCCCCUCCCUGUUGACAGAAAGAGAGAGGGAGGUGACACUGAACUUGUCCUUGGCCUGGAGCUACAUUCUAGAGGAGAGGAAGCUUGCAGGACAGGGUGUACCACCACCACCAAGCCCACGUGAUUGGAAGAUCAGGAACACAGAAACCACCCGAGGCAAUCAUCACUCACAUGCACGGGAGAUUCAGAUCUGAAAAAGUCAACCUCACUUGAUUCUCACUUAGUAAUUAAUCAAAUGCAACCCAAAACACACAACAGAGGGGUCAUAGGCCCGACAAAGUUUCUUGAAGUGUGGGCGCAGCUAGCUUCAUUUCAGACCAAAGGAGUCCGGAUUUCUGGUCGUAAGGCCCAGACCCUGUGCUGGUCAGUCUCCCCGCGUAGUUCACGUGCACAUGGAAGCGCAUACUGAGGUCAGCCCAGCAGCCCCUGCUGAGCGGCGUGGGAAGGCCACGCGGUGAGAGCAGCACUGGUAGGGAUGCUGUACACCCAGGGAUCCAGAUUGGACAGCCAGAUUGGACAACCCAAUGCUGUACACCCAGGGACCCAGCCCUCAGCCCUUGGUGAGCAGAACCCGUGGUUCCAUGAACAGGAUUGCCUGGCUGAAAUGUUCCCAUUUCCCUAUAAUCUGUCCCCUCCCUAAAAACAUCUCCACUUUCAAGCUCGAGCUCCCAGAUACUCCAGCUACAGUAUCGCACACUUUUCUCAUCCGGCCAGGCAUCCCAAUUUCUAGAACCGUGCACACAUGAUCCGUGACAAUAACACCACAGCCAGCACAUCGGAAGCAAUCUUCCACUGGAAAAUUUGAGCAUUGAGACCAAGUGUGGUCUUGGCAAGAGCGCGGAGCCCCAAAACGGGCUGUUUGCUCACAUAGGCUGGCACGUGCCCCUUCCAAAAUUUCACCUUUCAUAGCUGUGACAUUUUGGAAUGGGAAAGGACAAAAGGAAGUGAGGAAGGGCGUCACUCUGUGGAGGUUCUGAAAGGUUGUAUGUGGUUUUGCUUUCGACCCAAGGGAAGCCUAGCAUUGUCCCUCCAGGUUGACUUAGUGAGGCUGAAACUUGAGGAAGAGCCCUUUGGUUUGUGCUAAAGUGACGCACAAAAGGGUUUGAAGGAGGUAGCCUCAGGGGACACUGUCACCAGCACGAGAGAAUACCGUGGUCUUCCUCCUGUGGCCUUGGUGAGAUGGUUCUGUGGCUUAGGUGUAAAGUUGGCUUUCCAGGGACACUGAGUAUACACACCGUCUCUCUUCCAUUACCCCCCGGGGUUCUCCUCACCAUCACUGCUCUCCCUCCGAACGGUCAUGCCUGCGGAGGAGGCAGGGAGGACGGGCCCUCACUCUCACGGCCGCAAACACCGUAGCAAGGCCCGGGGGGCCGCCUCCUGACAUUCCCUUGGAGUCUGCGGUGGAAGGAGCCCUGGGGAAAUCAAGCUGGCGAAGGCAGCCUGAGGAGCAGCUACGGGAGUCAAGCACGCGGCACACUGCUUGGCGCACAGGUAUCCAGGACAUGUUUUAGGUACUAGUAAAAUGUACACAAAGUGUGAAGAUUGGAGAAAAUGGCUGUCUUCAGAAGAGCCUCCAUGCGAGGAAGUCACUUGCCCAGGAAAAGAAUCAGAGUCUGAAAAGGAAUGGGGGCAGAAUCAGGAGGCCAGGAGGCCGCCCCUAUGGGGCACGUGGCCAGGGGGGCAGGGGCGGCCACAGGGGUACUAGGGCCAGGAGCCGGCAGGCAGCCGACUGUGCAUCGGCACAGUCAGAAGAGGCCGUGGCGAGUGGACCAGGACAAUACGAUGGCUCAUACAGCAGAGACCAAGACUGAGGCCCCGUGCAGACCACGCAUCACACCAGAGUCCAGCAAAGCCUCGCAGACAGCCGCCCCCCACCUUUCACAGGCAUACUGGGUCCCUUUGGAGCCCGCCCCUCCCAGCACCAGGGAGCAGACAGCUCAUGCUUCACUCGGCGUCAUGGGACAGGUCAGGGGCUCAUUCUGCUUUACGUGUUUAGCACGGGUGAGAGGACACGGGUCAGAGUCAGAGCUGAAGCCGGUUAAGUCAGGCAGGCGGAGGCAGCAGUCGUGGAAUCAGCUGGAGGACUAGCUCAGAGCCUAAGUGCACUUUCCUUGUAUCAUGCGCUUUCUUCAUGCUGGAGAGCACACCAGCUGGUUACUAACCCUACUGACAAGUCAGAAGCUGUCCCCGACUCCCAUGCAGUCAGUGAUAAAAUUCCGAGGUUCAGUCUAAAUUGGACUCUAAGAGAAAGCAUUUGGGGUUUGGUUGGAGAUGAAUUGGAAGUUUGGGCAACAAGCAAGUCAGAUCGGUCCAUUAACCAAACAGAAUGCACAAAGGGCGCAGAGGCUCCCUUGUGUGUCCACACAAAAUAGAUGACAAAAUAGACAAAAUGGAUGAGAUCAGGACUCUUAGAUGCUGGGCUGAGAGCUCUCUCGACCGGCCAGCCGAGAGGAAGAGGAGAAUGGCCAGGACGUGAUUUCUGAAAUCAGGGCAGCAUUCCUUUAAGGGAAAACCAAUCAAAAAUGCAAUGUUCCUUGUACAAUGCACGUGUGUGAAUCCUUUAAAUUCCCCCCUUGCCUUCCAUGGUUUGUGUUCCGAUUACUCGGUCUUCCCACUUGUGGUUCCCAUUUCCAAACUCUCACCGUGUCGGCAUCUGCUACCUGCGGUCUUCCGCUGCAUCUCGGGCAGAAGCAAGUUAGCGCUUGGCAGCCACCACCUGGGGAAGGAGAACGGGAAGGCCUGGCGCCUGCCCCGAGCCCAGGGAGCAAAGGGUGGAGGGUCGGGCUCCGUCAAAGUAAGAAUUACUGAGAUCUGAGGCUAAGCAGUGAUCUCAGAACCUGGAGUGCCAAGAGUGAGAGGACAAAAUUAACCAUUUUUACAGAGGGAAUCACAAAACCUUCCAUCGGAGGGAGAGGAUACCUCCCAUGAUUUGCUGUCCAGCCAUGCCAAACCGAAUCUUCCAUUUAUAAAGAGAAGGGGAGGGGGCGCUCCUGGGUGGCUCAGUCAGUUAAGUGUCUGCCUUUGGCUCAGGU